AUGGCGAGCAUUAGCAACGAGCCAGAGCGCGAGCACAGAGACGAUGAAGAGUCCGGAGCCAACGAGGAUGAAGACACCGGUGCUCAAGUCGCUCCGAUCGUUAGGCUCGAAGAAGUCGCCGUCACCACCGGUGAAGAAGACGAAGAUACAAUCCUCGAUCUGAAAUCGAAGUUGUAUCGAUUCGACAAAGAUGGAAGUCAGUGGAAAGAGAGAGGUGCUGGUACUGUUAAGUUCUUAAAGCAUAGAGAUUCUGGAAAAAUUCGUCUCGUUAUGAGGCAAUCGAAAACUCUUAAGAUCUGUGCGAAUCAUCUCGUUAGUUCAGGCAUGAGUGUUCAGGAACAUGCUGGGAAUGACAAGUCUUGUGUAUGGCACGCUCGUGAUUUCUCCGAUGGGGAAUUGAAGGACGAGCUUUUUUGUAUCCGUUUUGCAUCGGUUGAGAAUUGCAAAGCAUUUAUGCAAAAGUUUAAGGAAGUUGCUGAAUCUGAAGAGGAGAAGGAAGGGAGCAAAGAUGCCUCUGAUACCGCUGGUCUUCUUGAGAAGUUAACAGUGGAAGAGAAAGAAACCGAGGAGAAACCAGUGGAGAAGGUAGUAUCAGCAGAGAAAGAAGAGGACAAGAAAACGAGUGAAGAAGAGAAAGCCGUUGAAAAGAAAACCGAGGAGUCUGCUCCCUCAACUUAA